UGUGUUGAAAGAGAACGUAUAUAAAUGGAAAGCGAAAAGGCUUGGACCUGCGGGUGACUAGUUCCCACUUGCCACAUUCCUCCUUUUUGUCUGUAUAUAUUCACUAAAAGUACAAAUCUAGGGUUUCAACUUUUCAAUUUUCUAUGUACUGUUUGCACUUUUGAUUCACAAUCAUCGUCCAGUUCAGAUGAAAGUUGUGUUUAAUCGAUUCAUCCUUGAGGAAUAUGGACGCAUCAUUUUCAGAUAAUCUCACAGGUUUCAUUCUCGCCGUCGUCUCCAGCGCCUUCAUCGGAUCCAGCUUCAUCAUCAAGAAGAAAGGUCUCCAGCGAGCCGCCGCGUCGGGGCCUCCAGCCAGUUCGGGUGGAUACGGGUAUUUAUUAGAGCCACUUUGGUGGAUUGGCAUGGUGACGAUGAUUGUUGGGGAAAUUGCCAAUUUUGUAGCCUACAUUUUCGCCCCUGCUGUGCUUGUAACGCCACUUGGAGCAUUGAGUAUAAUUGUUAGUGCUGUUUUAGCACACUUCUUACUGAAAGAGAAACUGCGUAAAAUGGGGAUAUAUGGGUGUGUUCUGUGUAUAGUGGGGUCUACACUGAUUGUUCUUCAUGCACCUAGUGAACAUAGUUUGAGUUCAGUCGAAGAAAUCUGGGAGUUAGCAACUCAACCAGCCUUUCUUUUGUACACGGCCUCAGCAAUAGCUGUAGUUUUGGUCUUGGUGUUGUAUUGUGAACCACGCUAUGGACAGACAAAUAUAAUGGUUUAUAUUGGCAUAUGUUCCAUAAUUGGAUCUCUGACGGUUAUGAGUAUUAAAGCUAUAGGCAUUGCAAUAAAACUCACGUUGGAGGGUUCAAGCCAGGCUUUGGAUACAUUCAACACAGCGGUUGUUUCUCCAAUAUAUUAUGCUCUGUUCACAUCAUUCACAAUUUUGGCCAGUGCCAUAAUGUUCAAGGAUUGGUCUGGUCAGAGUGCUAGCAGUAUUGUUUCAGUGCUGUGUGGAUUCAUAACUGUGCUUUCUGGCACUAUGGUUUUGCAUAGUACAAGAGAACCAGAUCCACCUCUUAUUACAGAUGUGUAUUCAUCUCUUCCUCAAAUAUCCUGGCUUGUCCAAGUAAAUGGUAACAUUUGGAAGCAGAAGGAUGAUGAUGAGUCAGGCCCCACUGAGGGGUAUUACAAACUAGAGGCCAAACCUGAGGGUAUAUUUUUGGAAUGCUCCCAAGGUGAAUUUGACAAAUGGUUCUUCUGGUUUCUGGGAUUGGUUUGGUUCAUCAGUUUUGCUGCUUGAGGUUCAGUUGUUGCGUGUGCAGGCCAGUAUUUUCAUGGGCCAUCUGUUUUCUUUAUACUACGAGUCAGGCCACCGGCAUGGGGACUGUAAGAAAGAUCCAAUUCUUUUUCCUUCCAAGGAACGGAAUUUUGUUCUAUUUAUAAAAUUUGAAAUUCCAGUUUUCUCUUACUGCAGUGCUCCUAUGCUUCCAUUUUUUGUCGCUCUUCAUGUAACAGUUGUGUUUAUAUUGCAUAUAGAGAGAACACUUUAUAAUUUA